UCUUGAUGAGAAGAUUCGAUCAAUUUUGCUCAAUGAGUAUCGACUUUUUUAUAACGCAAAAUUACGAAUUAGAUAAGUACAUUAUGCAAUAAGAUGGGUCAUGAAAGAACUGUAAGCGAAUUGGACGAAAUAGUUUUGCGAAUUUUCUUUCAUCUUGAUGCAUUUGAAGUGAUAAAAUGCAGUACAGUAAGUAAACGUUGGUAUCGUGUGGCAAACGACAACAGUCUUUGGCAAAAUUUGGUUUUGAAACGAUGGCCUUCACAAAACUCCGUGCUCUCUCAAGUUACCACCCUUGCCUUGCAGUGGCAAAGGCUCUACAAAUAUUUGUUGGGUAUUGGCAACUAUUCGCCAGAUGACAUGAAAUACUUUAUAAUAUGCAAAAUAAAUGAAAGUAUUUUGGCUGCACCAGAAUUACAACAAGCUAUGUUCAAUGUCAUGAAAGAUGUAAAUAAAAACUGGGAAAAACCAAGAUUUUUUGAACUGGAAGAGACAAGUCCUCGAUUCUUCAAUAGUAACAUGGAGUUAUACUAUGACACUCAUGAUCUCAAAUGGGUUUUUAUAGACAGACGGCGUGAAUAUGUUGAUGACUCAUUCACAAUCCGCCUAAAUCAAGAUCGCAUGGCCAGUAGGCAAAUGAGAUUCAUACGUCCUUAUCAAGUUAUGGCAAGUUGCAUAAUGAUGUAUCGAUGGCUGGUUCUUUUUCAAAAUAUCUUAAUGGAAGAUGUAGGUUUGGCAUUUUAUAGGAUAUGGCGAUUCCGUUUGAAGCAUUUGGAGACAGGAUUUAUUUUUGAGACUUAUGAUUGGAAAGCGGCAAUGUCUUCUACAUUUUCACAUGGUUGUCCAGUUUCCAUGAAAUUCUGCAAUGAUGGUCUUGCUAUAUUAGAUACUCUAUCAAGCCCAUUUUUUGUUAAUCAUCCACAAGGAAGCAGCUACAAGGUCACUUAUGAACUUUCUUUCCCAGUUUAUUCUGAAUCUCUAUUGUCAUCUGACAACAUUUCACGGAGCUCCAGUAUUGAAAUGAUGGAAAGUGUUAAAUUAGAAUCAAAAUCUGGUGAAAUGCCUGCGACAACCAAAGAUGAUGAGUUUGUCAGCCACAAUUCCAAUCUUAAGUCACCUGUACGAAAAUCUUUUGCUUCAGUUUCAGAUACGUCAUCCUUGCCAAUAGUGAGAAAAUUGGAUGAAACAACUGGUGUAUCAAAAGAUCUUGCACAAAGUUCUGAUACUACGAGCAAUAACAGUGGGAGAUCUUGUAAUGAUGAUGACCAAGAGAGUGAGGACAAUGGGGAUGACUAUGGAUAUUACUGUAAUUGUGAAUAUUUUAUUCAUCGCAGUUCCUGGGAAUAUGAAGAACAACAAAUGAUUCAAGCAGAAGCAGCAACCAAGUGGCAAAGUGUUCACGAGAGUUCAAGUGUGCCCACUUUUGAACUUAUUUUUGAUUCAUAUGAGGAGAAAUGGUUGUUUUGCCUUCACAAUGAGAAAACACUAGAAGCACCAGAAAGACUCAACAGGCAAAUGAUUGAAAAAAGUCUUGAGGAAGGAAAGAUUAUUUGUGAUUUAACUGAAGAAAAUGAUCCAGCUUCUCUUGAAAGAGUUGAAUCAGAAACAUCGGAUGCUGUACCUGAAGUAAUUGUCUCAUCUUGUGUAAAAAGUAAUAAAAUACCUUUGGCAACCACUAAAGAAAAUUUCUCUUCAACAAACUCAGAUUCUAGUCCAGAAAUAGAGCAAUGUAAUGGUUUUAACAUGGGACAAGAUGCUAUACCAUCCAGUUUGACCUUGUAUCGUCUUAUUUGUCUUUUUGACUUGCCUUCCCAUGAGUAUAAAAGUUCUCAGGAAUGCUGUGUUUGGUCAGUUAACUUGCAGCAUAGAUUCAGCAGAGGUGUUUUACAGCUGAAAGAUUUAAAUGGUAUAUCUUUUACGUGUAUUUUUCAUUAGUUUAGAUUGAAUGUUUAAAAUCAAACACUAUUUUAUUGACAGUAACAUUUUUUCUAGGAUGGCUACGUGUAUUUGCUAUAUUGAACAAUGAGCUUCGUCUUUACUGUAGCGAUACGA